CGGCGGAACUAGUCUUCCUCUGCUUCCGCGGCGGGGCCGGAAGUGGAAGAGGUGGUGGCGGCGGCCCAAAGCGGAGGGAAGGGGGAAGUCAGGGACCCCCGGGAGCCGGAGCCGGAGUUGCCGCGGCGGAGACCCCUGUGCGGUGCGGAGGGGGCGGCGGCCCCGGCUCUGACCCGCGCCGGGGGGUGGGCCAUGGCGGAGAUCAGCGACCUGGACCGGCAGAUCGAGCAGCUGCGGCGCUGCGAGCUCAUCAAGGAGAGCGAAGUUAAGGCCCUGUGCGCUAAGGCUAGAGAGAUCUUGGUGGAGGAGAGCAACGUGCAGAGGGUGGACUCGCCAGUCACAGUAUGCGGUGACAUCCAUGGACAAUUCUAUGACCUCAAGGAGCUGUUCAGAGUGGGAGGCGACGUCCCUGAGACUAACUACCUCUUCAUGGGGGACUUUGUGGAUCGUGGUUUCUACAGCGUCGAAACGUUCCUCCUGCUGCUGGCACUUAAGGUUCGCUAUCCUGACCGCAUCACCCUGAUCCGGGGCAACCAUGAAAGCCGUCAGAUCACCCAGGUCUACGGCUUUUAUGACGAGUGUCUGCGCAAGUACGGCUCGGUGACCGUGUGGCGCUACUGCACUGAGAUCUUUGACUACCUCAGCCUGUCGGCCAUCAUCGAUGGCAAGAUCUUCUGUGUGCACGGGGGCCUUUCCCCCUCCAUCCAGACACUGGACCAGAUCCGGACAAUUGACCGAAAGCAAGAGGUGCCUCAUGACGGGCCCAUGUGUGACCUGCUCUGGUCCGACCCUGAAGACACAACAGGCUGGGGCGUGAGCCCCCGUGGGGCUGGCUACCUAUUUGGCAGUGACGUGGUGGCCCAGUUCAAUGCAGCCAACGACAUUGACAUGAUCUGCCGCGCCCACCAACUGGUGAUGGAAGGUUACAAGUGGCACUUCAACGAGACUGUACUCACUGUGUGGUCGGCACCCAACUACUGCUACCGCUGUGGGAAUGUGGCAGCCAUCUUGGAGCUGGACGAGCAUCUCCAGAAAGAUUUCAUCAUCUUUGAGGCCGCUCCCCAAGAGACACGGGGCAUCCCCUCCAAAAAGCCCGUGGCUGACUACUUCCUGUGACCCCUCUGGCCCCUGCCCCCUCCAGCCCCUCUGGCCCCUGGACCACUGUGACUCUGCCCUCUUCAGACGAAGGCUGGGGGGCUGUCCCCGGCUAUGCUGUCCCCCCAAAAGAGGGCACUUCGCGGGUGAGGACUUUUCUGGAGAGGCUUGGAGCCUUUGCUCCAUGUUCCUCCUCCCGUGUCUCCCCACUUGAACCGUGAAGUUUCCAAUAAUUUUGUUUUUCUUUUUUUUUCUUUUUUUUUUGUUUGUUUUUAGAUAAAAAUUUUGAGAAGAAAAAAAAAAAAGAAAAAAAUCUAAUAAAAGAAGAAAAAUGGU